CGAUUUUAUAACGGUUAAUCGUUGAACGCUAAACCACUAAUUUUUCCGGUUCAGCCUCCGGUACGGUUAUGAAAAUAGAGCUUUUUACAUAAAUAAAAAAACAAACUAUUAAUUUCAUUUUUAAAGUAACUUUCUUUUCUCCCGAACAAUUGCUUUCCUCUUCUGAAUAUAUUCAACCCACUGCCGACACUCAUAUAUCUCUCUGGCACGGCUCAAGAUAGGGUGCAUAACUAUGAGUAACCAAAUAUGGACUCUUUUUUUAAGUAGCUGCAGGUCUAACUGUGGAGAAUUAAAAAAAAUAUAGUUUCCCUAAUUUCCUUAAUUGGAUCAUAUCUUCUUCAUUCUAACUCUGAUUUCAAUUUUUUUUUGCACAGAUGGAACGAGUUCGUUGUGCUCUACAAAAUGAUAUCCAUUUUUAAGGGUUAAAGACACAUUUGGUCACUGAGAUUACAAAAUCGGGACAUGUUUAGUCACUAGAAAAAGUUAAUAUCAAAUUUGGUCACUACAAUUACUAAAACUGGACGCAUUUAGUCACUCGCCGUUAGUCUCCGUCCAACUCCGUUAAUGAAGUCCGUUAAGUGCUGAUGUGGCAAACAGAAUUGCCUAAUCAGCCGGAUAUAACCCAACAAAAUAAAACCCGACCCGCCACGUCAUUAUAACCCGCCACCUCAUUAAAACCAAUCCAACCGAUGACCCAACCCUACCCAACCCUUCUUCCUCCCACCUCGGCACCUCCCACCUCCUUCUUUCCCCAAAACCACUGUCGCCGCCGCCCUCCUCCUUCCUCCCACCUCCUCCCACAAACCUAUUCGACCUGCUGAAGGGUAAUCGUCAUGAUUCCUCCUGUUGAAGUCCGGUCGAACCCAAUUUAGGGUUUUCCCCAUCCCAUCCAAAUUCGCUGGGCGGGGAGAAGAUCUCUCCGCCAUUAAUCUGCCGCCCUUCCUUCAUCUUCUUCCUCUGUCAUUCCCAAUUCCAAAAAAAUCUUAUUUCAACUCUUAUUCUUCUUUUCUUUUCCAUUGAUUCAAUGGCGGCUCCUCUAAUUCCUCAAUUGCUACUCCUCUUCAUCCUGGGUACUGCUAAUUUCUUCCCAAUCGGCGUCGUUUCCACAACCAUCACAAUCACCAACCAGUGCGACUACACGGUCUGGCCGGGCAUUCUCUCCAACGCCGACGUGGCGUCGCUGCCCACCACCGGAUUCGCGCUCCAGAAGGGCGAGACCCGGACCAUCUCCCAGCCGGCCUCCUGGGGCGGCCGCCUCUGGGGCUGGACCCACUGCUCCGAGGACUCCACGGGAAAAUUCUCCUGCAUCACCGGCGACUGCGGCUCCGGCCAGGUCGAGUGCUCCGGCGCCGGUGCAGCUCCCCCCGCCACGCUCGCCGAAUUCAAGCUCGACGGCUACGGCGGCCAGGACUUCUUCGACGUCAGCCUCGUCGACGGCUACAACCUCCCCAUCCUCGUCUUGCCGUAGGGCGGUUCGGGCCAGAACUGGUUUGCGGGAGGAGGUGGGAGGAAGGAGGAGAGCGGCGGCGGCGGUGGUUUUGGGGAAAGAAGGAGGUGGGAGGUGUCGAGGUGGGAGGAAGAAGGGUUGGGUCAUGGGUUGGGUUGGGUUUAAUGAGGUGGCGGGUUAUAAUGACGUGGCGGGUCGGGUUUUAUUUUUGUUGGGUUAUAUCCGGCUAAUUAGGCAAUUCUGUUUGCCACAUCAGCACUUAACGGACUUCAUUAACGGACUUGGACGGAGACUAACGGCGAGUGACUAAAUGCGUCCAGUUUUA